CCUUCACUUUCUGUAAUAGCCUCCUCCGAGCUAAAACCCUUUGCCUAUUUCUUCUUCUGAUCGUCAAAUUUUCCGGCCGUUGUGGUUGCCGGCGCAAUCAUGGUGAAACGACAUCGCGAAGAAAAUGAUUCCGAUGGAGCAAAGGAAAUGGAAACGGAAAAUACGACGUCGUACAAAACGGUUUUCAUAGAUACCAACCUUGAUACCCACUUGGCUGUAAUUGUCUCCGAUUCCGAUACUGUCUUCGAUCUGAAAAAAAAGAUUGUGUUCGAACACUUAAGGUGCUUUCCUGAAAUGAGUGAGUUGAAAAUUUCUUCUGUGAAGGUGAAACGAAAAAGACAUUACUAUCAUCUGCCUGACACUAUGCUUGUUAGAGGUGUUUUUGAGGGUAUCAAGAAGGAAUGGUUCCUUUCUGUUGAUGCUUCUAGAUUUCAACGCCUUGAAAAUGACCAAGGGUUACUUUGCAUCGCGUAUCCGCAAAUUGAAGCUGAAAAUCUUCUCUCAUGUGAUUCAUUCAAUGCAAUGGAUAAGCAGAAGGUUUUUGAUACUACUGAAUCUUACCCAGCUAAUGGGAACUUGGCUUCUAGCUCCAUCGUGGAACACAAGGAAGUUGCCAAGGUCAUUGGUGAAUUCAAGACUGUGAAGCGCGCGGGUAAUUCACAAGAACUUUCUCCCAGAUCUGGUCCUGUAGCUAAGAAGCGUAAAAUAAAGCACAAAGAAGACGAAGUCAACCACCCGGUAACAGGUACCAGCGCUUCAAAUCAUGGCAUAGAUAAUGGUUCUGAAUUUAAAAUUGUUGGAAAUGAUACUACUUUGACAAAUUCUAACAAAGGACAGCGGGAAAAUAUAAACAUGAAACUGGUAGAUGUCAGUGCUGAACCCUUAAUAAACCAACGUUCUGGUUCCAGUAAGGUGUCAAAAUUGGGAACGAAGAAAAGCAGGAAGAGUGGGGCAAGUGCUGAAAUCUCUGGUGUGCAGGAUGAGCUAUGUGGAGAUAGGAACAAUGAUGCACUUGAUGAAACAUCACACUCUGGGGCUCUUGCAAAUAAAGUUAAAAUUUUGGGUAGCAAGGAAAGCAGUGGAGCUUGCACCGAGUUCAAUCAUAGGGAUAGCUUGAAGAUCGCAAUUCCGGAGAACUCCACAGCAGGUAAACCAAUAAAGGCAGCUUCAACAGAAGAAACAUUAGGGGACCAAUCUGUGAGAACAGAUACAACCGAUAAGAAGAGGAAGAAGAAAAAUAAGAAGGGGAAGGACUCAUCCACGUGCCAUGAUGAGGUUGCCUGCAUGGCUCUGGGUCCCACUGAUAAAUUUGUGGGAGCUAGAAGAUUAGAGCAAAAGGAAGGAGUUGAAAUGAAGAUCUUUGACAAGUUGACUGAUGUUGACUCUACUAUUCAUGCUACUCAAUCUAGACUGAAAGAAACAUCUCCUGUUAAAGAUCACGCGUCAAACAAAGAGUGUCCAGCACCAGUCAGCAAAGAUAUUUGUGAAAUGAAUGUAGUUGGCCAACCUAUUUUUGAAUCCAAUAUCUCUGGAGACAAUGAACUUGGAAUUGUUGUUGCUAAUACAACUGGAGAACAGGAGCUGAUACCAAACUGUGAUUUUGAAAUGCCCACGAGUGAAAAGUUGAGUGAACCAAGCACCAGGGGUCCAGUACCUUCCUACCAGUUGGGAGAUUUACAAGAAGCAGCAGAAAAUAGCUUUGGGAGGAAGAGAAGCAGGGCCAAGAAGUCAACUUAUCAUCAGGAGUUAGAUAUGAAAAAUAUUGUUGGGGCUUCUCAAAAUUCUUAUGCAUCUGACCAAGAUAUAGUCCGUAAUGAUGGUUCAAGUGAUGCAACAACAAAGGUUGGUAGUAUGCCAAAAACUGAUGUGGAUCAUAUAAAUGAAAUAGGGAUCGAAGGCAAGUUGUCAGUUACUCAAGGUGCUGAGACAUCCCCUCUUUUAGAUAACAAUGAACCAACUGGGGAUACUAAAGAACAAGUUCUCUCAGCAACAAGGGCAUUGGAUGACAAGGAGAACAUUGAAUCUGGAAAUGCUAGCAGCAUGAAGCGAACGAAGAAGAGUCGGAGAAAAUCUGCUGAAAAGAUUCCUGUUAAAUUAAAUGGAGAUGAUGACAAUACGGUGAACUGCCCCUCUUUAGCUGCAGGGAUUGGAUCUACAACUGAUCCUGUAACUGGGCAGAGUAAGAAAGGUGGAAUUCCGUUUGAUGCUGAAGUGCUGCAGAUUAGUUUAAAUACAGAGGUGAAAGGGCCGCCUCAAGUUCAAUCUGCAGCAUGCAGAUCGUCGGAUUCUGCCAAGGCAGAAAUGACCAUCAAAGAAGUGGAAACUAUCUCGACAGCUCCCUCUGAUGUGAAGGUUGCUGAAGUACAUGGAAACUCUGGUCGACUUAAAAAGAAAAAAACAAAAGUGGAGGUUUCCACUCAUAUUAAUGAUGUUUCAUGUGCCCCUUCAGCGACACAUGAUACUCCUGUUAAUCAUUUCAUUGAAGGGUCUAAUCAAGAUAGAAAUGCAUUGCGUGCCAGCAAAAGAAAGGGAGCAUCAAAACAAGUCUCGAAGAGUGCCUAUGCUGUAGAUACUCAACACCAAGUUGAGAAGGCAACCUGCAUUGAGCCAGAACUUCUGCCCUUUGAGGAGAAGGGAAAUGAGGUUGAGCAUUUGAGGCUUAACCAGACUGAUAAAAAUCAAGAGACUCUGAGCAUUUCAGAAAAGAGGCAGAAAACGAAAACCAAAAAGAGCCAAAGUUCUAAGAAGAGCAAAUCCAUUUUGUCUAUUCAAGAUCAGGAAGGCAGUCACAAGGACUUAACAGCUUCAAAUGAUAAUCUAGAAGAUGUGAACCCUCUGCCAGAGCCAAUGGAGAUGGAUGAGUCAGGUAAAAAUAUUCAUGGUGAUCAGUAUGGUGGUGUGGUAGAGGAGGUGCACGAACCUGAUGUAAAUACUGAUAAGAGCGACGCCAUAAAUUUCAAGCAAUAUUUUGUUUCUGGACAACCAGGAGAAGUUGCAUCAAAGAAACCAAUGAAACCAAACAGAGACACAAAAGCUAGCAGAAAAUUGAAGGUUGGUGUGACUUCUGGAGGAUUUUUGGAAGAUACCUCGAAAUCAAGAAUUGAGGUGGCACUUCCGAAUCAGGGAGAUAAAACACUUCAAGAAGCUGGAAAGCUUGAAAAUUAUGAUGCUCUUGCUUGCAAGAAGAAAAUUGAGGAAUCUAUGGACGAAUCUAGGUCCAGCUCCAGCUCAAAAGGUCCUGGCAGGUUCCCUGAGGACAAUAGACGGCAAGCAGAUUCAGAAAUGCGAAGUUUAUCUACCAGAAAUACAAAAGUUAGGACUGCAAACAUCGAGGAGUUUACACAACCAAAGAAAGGAUUGCUUCCUAAUCCAGGGCCUAAGUUUGGGGAUAGUAGAUCGAGAAGGUCCGACAGUAAAGAGGGUGGAGAUUCUGAUUCUACGACUGACACUCUAUCAGAUUCAUCUUCAUCUGACAGCUCAGUUGAAGGAAGUGAAAUAAGCCAGGCUUCAACUCCAGAAGGAGCUAAUGUUGCAAAAAACAAUGCUGAUGCUGAUGCUGCUGCUGGAAAGCAUAAGCUCAAAUCAAAAUUUUUGGGCGAGGCCCUAACCAUGGAGUCGAUUUUGAGAAACUCUAGCCGUUUCAAGAAGGCUAAGGUUUCGGCUGCUCAAUCUCAAGAUGAAGAAAGUCAGCAUGUCGAUGUUGUCCCUGAUAGUCUAGCAGACACUCAGAAUGAGUAACUCCUCCCUCUCUUUUGUUGCUAUUGAAAUGACCCAAUAUUUGGUACACAAUCACCUGUCCAUUUUCUGUCACCUGGGGCUGUCCAAAUCAACAAGAAAAUGAAAAGGAUGAAGGAGACAAAUGCUUCUUGGCCGUAGGUGUUUUAUGUAUUAUGAGAAAAAUUCUAUGCACAUGCCGUGAUUUUGGUUCUCUGAAUAUUGAAAUUUUGUCUGGUCUUUGAUAUGUAGUGUAAUUGUAAUUCGUUCAAUUUGUUGAAACUCUGAGAGAUUGAUUGCUGUUAGGGGUGUUUACUGGUCAGUAUGGUGUGCUUUUUAAAUAUUUUGAUGCGGCAUUUUUGGUAUUAAGGGUCAUUUGGCAGGUGAUAAAUCAUAUAAGAUGAAGUUGAAGUUUUA